CCCGUCCCUCUGCCGUACCCCAACGCCUAUGCGCGCUGCCACGGAGAACGGAGCCCGCGGGGCGCGGGGUGAGGGGCGGGAGCUCCGCGCUGCAAAACGCAGGGUCGCCGCCGCGGCCGGAGGGCGGAGGCCCAGCCGCGGGCCGCCGCCGCCAUUUACCCGCGCCCUCCUCAGCGGCGGCGUUGCCGGGUGACGGGCAGCGCCGCGGCGGGGCCGGGGCUGUCGGAAGGGCCGGAGGCGCUGGCCGGCGGGAGGGAGAGGCCGCCGCCAUGUCGGGGGAAGGCGGCGGCAGGCGGGCGGCGAAGGAUGAGCACCAAGAAGCAAUUUCUGCUCAUGCAGCAAGAGAGCAAACAGCAGAAUACUCAGAUGACUUUGAGAGUGAUGAAGAUGUCAUGUUAAAUGGUAUCGAGGAAGAACUUAAUGAAAGUAAUUCAGCUGCUGAAAGCCCUAAGAAAUCAGUUGCUGUUGAGAGACCUCUCUCAGAUGAUGAUGCUUCACAAAAAGCAGCAGAUUUGGAAAAUGAAGCUGCUGAUGACUUGACUUUAUCCUGUCAUGAAAAGAAGCUUCAGCAAAUAAUGCUUUCAGAAAAUGAAAACAUACAGGAUGACAGAGAAGAUGGUGAAAAAGGAAGUUUGGAAAGUCAAAAUGAGGGUGAUGACAGAAAAAAUAAUGAAGAGUGUUCAACUGCUGAAGUACCGUGUGAUAAUAUUGGAAGUGACCACUAUAGUGACUUGAAUAUUCAUAAACUACAGAAAAAAGGAAAUCAGGAGGAAAACAAACCAAUACCAAAGCCACGGGUGCACAAAACCAGAAACACUUCAGCCUCAGAUCAAGAUCAGAAGAAGAUGAGCACUAGUGACUUGAAACUGGAGGAUGAUAGUAGAAAAACCUCUUCUGUGAUAGAAGUAAUGACCACCACAGCAUAUGAGAAAACAAAGAAGUUAGAGAAGUCAACAGAGGACAGUUCAGAUGAAACAGUGAAAAUAGUGGAAGCGCAAAUAGUAACUGAUACAGUACCAGAGGUAGCAGUGAAUGAUCAGUCAGAGCAUGGGGAGUCAACGACCACUUCAAGAGAAUCUGUCAAGAAACUAAGUGAAACAAAGGAGAGAAUUCUACAAAACCCAAGAGCUUCUUUAUCUGACAGGUCUCUGUCUUCUGCGCACUUAAGGAAAAAGGUGAAAGCUGUUCCACCAGCUACAUCUGUAUCAUCUCAAUAUCUGGGAUCAUUAAAGGUGUUGGAAGAUAAACGGGUGCAGAAGAACAGUACAGAAUUUGACAAAGCAGAUAGUUUACGAGCAGCUGUUUUCCAGAACUGGUUGGAAAAGAAAAGGAUCUUUCUACUGGAAUUAAAGAGAACUGAAAAGAAGAAAGCUGAAAAUCUAAGGAACAAUGCUGAAAAGAAAGAAGCUGUUAAAAGAGAGGAAGCAAUUGCAUCUUUUGAAGCCUGGAAAAAAAAGAAAAGAAGAGAAGCAAAAACGUUAAGUGAAAAAAAGAAGCUUGAGGAACUUACGAAAAAGAAAGCAGCAGAACAUAAUAAGGAGAAAACAGAAGCAGCACAGAAGGCAUUCGAAAAAUGGAGAGAAAGAAAAAUGGAAUAUUUAAAAGAGCAAAGCAGAAAGGAAAAACAGUCUCAAAGAAUCAGGAAGAAGAAGGAGGAGGAACUGGUUGCAGAGAAGAAGAGAGACAGUGUGUCAGCAGUUGAAAAAUGGAAUGAAAAAAAGGAAGAAUAUAUAAAACAGAAAAAAGUAGAGAAGAUGCUAGAGAGAAGAAAACAAGAAAUACAACAGGCAAAGAAGGAGGAAAAGAGUAAAAAGGCUAUGGAGGAAUAUGAAAGAUGGCUGGAAAAGAAAGAGAAGAGGGAGCAGCUUGAGAAGAAGCAAAAGAAUUUGCAGGCUGUCCAUGGGGAUGAAGUGCCUUGUCCCUGGAGUCCACCUGGCAAAGUCAGAUAUUCAAGGAAUUACUGAGCAGUCUCUUGCCUUCUAUGAGAAAAGAUGAUCCACCGAGUUCUGAUAAUGGCUAGUCAUUAUUUCAGUAACAGCUGACUUUCACUGAAUCCACUAUAGAUGUUGCAUCCUUUCUUUUUGAUUUACUUGAUCGCUGCAGUUUAAAUGGAUCAGUUGUCCCUUCCCACUGCAUUAGAAAAUGUACUGGGUUUUGUAAUUCCUCAUUUAACUUAGUUUUGCUCAGUCCUGUGCUACUUCAUUCCUUUUGGUGGAAGUGUGUAUUCAGGAUACAUAAGGCUGAGCUCUGGCAUUCUUUUCACCCAAGAAGUAGCAGAAUGGUUAUUUUUAAGUUACUAGGCCACACUGCUGGGCAGUUAAGUCUGGAAGAAAUGCUUUGAGGAGGUGGGGAUGAUGGGCGAGGAGAUGUUGGCUCUCUUGGGAUGAUCAGAAGAUGACAGAAGGUUAAGAAGUAUGGUGGGGGACUUCAUUUUCAUACAUGAAGAGACAAGCUACAGAGAACGUAAUAUAAUUCGUAGAUUAUGUCACAUUAUGAAACAUAACAAUAGCUUUUAAAUUAAAACUGCAUCACGCAGAAACAGGAUUUCACGGGGCCAAAACCAACCAUGUGGUGGUGCAAAAGAAUUAAACUGGAAUCUAUAUAAUGUAAAAUGAUCCAGGACUAGGUAGGACUGUAGCUGUUAAUUCCAUCUCAGGUCUUCCUAUACAUUCCACAGAUUUCCUGCUUCCUACGGGAAACUGGUUUUAGGGGCAGGUUUUGCAGUUCACACAAAAUCUUACAUAGAAACUGCAAGGGCAGAACAGUGGUACUGGUAUGAGGCAACCUUAGACACUGAUAAUUAUUUUGGGGGAACUUAAUUUAAAGGCUUCUGUGGUGGUUUUUACACUAUCAAGUAAAUCCUUGCCAAACUUGUUUUCAUCACUGCUAAUGAGCUAGUUGUAGUGAAUUAUUAAAAUUUCUUCUGUUUUUUCAUGGCUAUUUGCCUCACUAUUUUGGAAACAAUGGCAAGACUACAUGUCUUUAGAGAUCUUCACAUCUCUUGUUUGCCUGCUGUCUGAACUCAGGCUGUUACUUAUGUUUCUGUUUUCUUACUUGAAUUUUAAUAAUCACCCCAGACCAGAUGUGCUCCUCAAGUGUGUAUUUUUAAAAAAAGCCCACAAAAACGACAUCACCAACUGAGAAGUAAAAAACUUAGUCUUUAAAUUAUAGAUGUAUUUUCUUAAAAAUGAGAAUCUUUCUCCUGUUUAGACUGACAGCCCCCAUGGGAAGUCAAAAGAGCAUUUGGGAAGUAGACUUGCCUUUUUCGCUUGAGUCCUGUGCUGUUCAUUAAAUCGCUGAGAUACUCAUUAAUUUGCAUUUCAUGUAACACCGGGGCAUUUCCUCAGACGAGAAAAACCACAAGAGAGGCAGGUGAAUUUCUUUAGUUUCCCGAUGCUUCUUGCUUGUUUUUUUACAUUGUAGUUAGAGCCACUGAGGAUUUAGAAGCGUUUGUUUUGGCCAUAACUGUUUCUGUUACUGAAAUGCUGUUCAGGUAAAAUUUAUUGCUGGUAUGUAUGUAAAAGUGAAAUUAGAAGGAUAUCUAUUCUAUCUCAUUGCUGAAUAUGAUCCUGUUCGUUAUUGUUAGUAUGAACUCUAGUUCUGUGAAUUCCUAAUUCAGACCUUUUGGAAAGUUUAUGAUGGGCUUAAGCAGAUGCUCGAAAGCAAAAAGAUAAGAUCUGUUUGUUAGAAGCAGUAGGUAGUGGUGCAGUUACCAUCGUUAACCUAAUUUCAGUCAAAAGACGUAGAGGAAGGCUUGUAAAAUGUACACUGUUUCUGCUGCAUAUGAUCUAUUGACAGUGUCAAGGAGUAUUUGCUAAUCUUGAGAAUAAUGGUGAGGUUUCAUUAGUAGUUGUGCUGGAUUUGUAUACAGCCAAAUCAUCUGAUGGAUCAACUUUGAUCCAUUGUGAGGAAUGAUGGCAGAUUUGAUACAGCUUCUAGAUUAUGAAGUAUCUUUCUUACAGGAUCAGGUUUGAGUAUAUUGCCUGGUUUUUUACAUUGCAUGUCUCAACUUCUAGUUGCCUUUCAUGCACCUUGUUCAUGGUAGCUCUGUUGUGUAUUAGGAUUUUUGGGUAGGUCUCUGCUGGGACUGUCUCUUGCUUUAAGUUCUGUUUCUUCCUCAAAAGACAAUUUUACUGGACCUGGCUUUUAUUCUUUUAUCUGUUUCUAGCCUUCUGUUACUGGGCUGUUGAACCUGAAAUAUUGUGGCUGGAACAGUUUUUGUUCCAUUGAAAAGUCUGUAGAGAAACCAGGGACGUUUCUGAGACCCAUCCUUUGAUUAUACAGUCUGCAGGUAAUGCACACUUGGUUUCUUCCAGUGCACUUUAAUGACAAUAGUGACCAUUUUGCCCCUUUUGUGAGCCUCAGAUUUGUGCCGAGAGUCAUCACUCAAAUGCUGAACUUCUGGAUAAGGGCAGCAUUCGUACAGGUUCAUGCUAAGCUCAUCUUUUCUCAUUUGGGAGGAGGAGAACAUUGGUCAAGAAGGGGAGAGGGCAGGAGAGAGGCUGGAGCUUUCCGAAGCACCCCGAGGCCUGCAGCCUGCUCUUGCAGAGCCGCCGGAGUCUGACUGUGUCCCUAGGCCGUUUGUGGGGUGGUUUUGUAGGCUCUCCACCCAUGCUGAACUUCCUGCUCUGCAGUCUAGCAGAUUGCAUUACCACAGAAGUUCCCAGUUAGGGAAUCCUGCACAUUAGAUUUUUUGCAGAGAUCCAGUCAAUCCAGAUUUUAGCCGGCUUAAGCCAGUCUGUAGCACAGAUGCUGCAGAGAAGCGAAGACGGGGCUUUCGUAAACCCUGGGUCUGGUUCUGACUGUUACCUCAUGGCAGGUCAGGCGUUUUUUCUAGCAGUAGUGGUAUCACGAUGACAGGGUUGGCAUUCAAAGAGAAAGAAUCCACUGCCGACACACUUUCAAGAAGUUGAGAUGUCCAGCCAGGGCAGCUUCAGUGGGCAACCUGAGAGGUACAGUAAAAUUAGAUACCAGUAAGAGAGACAGCAGAAUUACAGCACAGGCAGAAUGCAACAGAACUACCAACUCAAAACUGACCCACCCAAAUUUUACGGAAAAAUUAUUUACAGAAAAAUUCAGGCAUUUGGGCUGGAGGAGUGAUGUGCAUCAUUGGUCCUCUAGGCUUCUAGCACUUGGAGCCUUGAAUUCAGGGUUAGUGUGUUGAGAAACUAUAGCUAUAAUAUCAUGGGGAGAUGAAAUGUGUAGCAGACAGCAGAGUUUGCUGUAGAGCUGUCGUGGUCAGAUCAGGAGAGUCUGAGGCAAAGUGAUGCAGCCUGUGAGAAACAAAUCAUCUGGAUCUUUAUUUUUGCAGUGUCCAGCUAGAGGAGGUAAGGCAGGUCCCUACGCUGUAGUUGAGGGAUGCAGAUUAAAAGUGUGGCAGAGGCAGUGGCAGAGCUAGAAAAGUGUUUGUCAUGUGCCUGUGCCUAAACUGAACAGUGCGUCCUUACUGCCUUUAAGCCUUUAGAUGAUUGGAUGGAAAAUGUUUCAUGGAAGGUAGAAGUGGGAAGAUGUUGGUGACAUCUUUCAGAGGAGUGAUAUACCCGGCACUCACAUAAAUUCACAACUUCUCAAUUAGAAAAAAGGUGCUGAAGGUCUGUAGACGUGGAAAAACAGUUGAUACAACUGUGAGUUUAACUUUUGUAGUAGUUUUAGGAGCUUUGUCUAAUUUUUCAUUGUAAAAACUUGGAUACGUUACAGCAUGAUGCAAAUGUUGUAGAAAAAAUAGAGCUGAGAAAUAUGAACAUAUGUACAUUACUUGAUAAAUAUGUAGAUGUAUCUGUAUAAAUCCUGUUAAUGUGUUUAUUGAUGACAGAGGGAAAAUAUUUUGUAUUUAAUAAAGUGUAUUUUAGU